CGCGGGCUUCUCGCGUGCACAUGGGCCUAGAUGUCUGUGUGCUCACGGUCUCCUGUCCCCCUCCGACCACAGGCAUCUCUGGGAAGAGCCAGAUCCUUUUCGCUCUCGUCUUCACUACCAGGUACCUGGACCUGUUCACCAACUUCAUCUCUAUCUACAACACAGUCAUGAAGCUGGUGUUCCUCCUCUGCGCCUAUGUCACGGUGUACAUGAUCUAUGGGAAAUUUCGGAAAACGUUCGACAGCGAGAAUGACACGUUCCGCCUGGAGUUUCUUCUGGUCCCAGUCAUUGGCCUCUCCUUCCUUGAGAACUAUAGUUUCACGCCCCUGGAGAUCCUCUGGACUUUCUCCAUCUACCUGGAAUCGGUGGCCAUCCUGCCCCAGCUCUUCAUGAUCAGCAAGACUGGAGAGGCCGAGACCAUUACCACCCACUACCUGUUCUUUCUGGGCCUGUACCGGGCCCUCUACCUGGCUAACUGGAUCAGGCGGUACCAGACUGAGGGCUUCUAUGACCAAAUUGCAGUGGUGUCUGGAGUGGUACAAACCAUCUUCUACUGUGACUUCUUCUACUUGUACGUGACCAAAGUCCUUAAAGGAAAGAAGUUAAGUCUUCCAAUGCCAAUUUGAGGGCCCUCAAAGAACAAGGAUAUGAAGUCAACUAUUUGAGAUGUUCUAUCAAGCAACUUAACACAAGACUCAGACCAAAUGUUAAAAUGAAAGCCAGAAAACUGCUCAGUGUGCAUGGAUUUCAGCAAAGCACUGAUCAUUCUAUCUAGAAGACCUCAUCAACAAUACCUCCCUUACAGAGGUAACAAAACACUUGGGCCAAUUACAUAAAAAUGGUGACAUUUGAUAUUCUAAUGUCAACAAGAACAUCAAACCUUAGUUGGCCAACUCACAAAUGGGUCAAAUAAACUAUGGCCUGUAAGGCCCUCGUGUGAGGCAUGCUACGGCAUUCCCAAUCUGGAAAGAUGUCCCUCUGAGUACAAAGCACCAAAUUUACAAGCUCUGGCAAGACUUAGUUUCAUGCUCACCUUUAAAAUCAACUCAGGUCUUACUGUGGCUCAUUGUAGUUCCACACUCAGCAUACUUUAACCCAGUUACAAUCUUAGGUCAGUACAGUUAGCAUGACGACCAUUUACUGAUGAGGAAACAUAGCCAAGCCCUUUUACCCUACUAGGUCUUGUUUUUUUGCUUUGUGACUCAAAUUUGCAUUAACACCAAUCAAUCCCACCUCCCUUUCACAUUUUUAGGUGCUAAUAACUAAGGCAAUUUCCAUCCCCAACCCGUCUUGAAGCAAAUAAAAAAAUGUAAGGUGACCACCAUUGGCUAUAAUCACAAUUUUUACGUAAUAAAAAGCUCACACUUUAUUGUCAA